UUUGAUAAAUGAUACGUUUUGCAGUGUGUGAUGCGCGAAAAAUUUUGAUAAGCGAUGUGACAUGAACGAACGAAUUGACAAAUGUCGACUGUCAUGUGAAUUUCAUAAACACACCACCGUUUAUCAUUUAUUAGCCAGAGAUAUGGCUCUUGAAAAGAUAUAUCCGAAAAUCGAGGAACUGACCACAUUCAAUAACAAGGUUCAAUGUCCUGAAGAGAAUUGCGGGAAAUUCUUUUCAUCAGAGGCAAAUCUGCAACUGCAUCAAGUCAAAAGCCACAACAAAACUGAACUAUGGUCCAUCAAAAAAGAGUUCCAUUGCCCUGAACAAACUUGCAUUUACCACAAAACAAAAAGUUUCAAAUCCAUCAAGCCCCUAAAACAACAUUACAUGAAAACUCACAUGCAAAAAACAAUCAAAUGUACAAAGUGCCAGAGUUGUUUUGCCACUGAAUCAAUGCAAAAAUCUCACUAUGAAUACUGCGGCAUAACUUUCAACUGUUGUGACUGUGAUGCAUUUUAUGCUUGUUAUGAGACAUUAAAGACCCACUGCAGAAGGAAGAAACACAGCAUCAAAGACAAGAAACUAUACAAGCCACAAGUAGUUAAAACCAUACAAGUUACUCCCAGAUUAAUCCUACCAAAACCUAUGACUGUUAAACAAACUCAAAAUCAAAGUUGCCAAACAGACCAACCAAAGCCACAGUUAAUAAACAGAAGCAUACAAGUGCAGAACCAGAAGAUAAGUGCAGGCACCCAAGUCCCAGAUUACAUUCAAUCAUCAGCACAAAGUCAGUGCACUGAAACACAAACUGGAGAACUGUUCGACUUACCCAAAAAACAUGCACUUGAUUCCUGCACUGAGCCACAGAACAGGAAAAGCAUUAAAGUGCAGACUGUUUCAGUGCCAUCCAAAACAUCCUCAUGCAACACAUCAUUUGACUUAAAUGAUUUUGAGUUUACUGUUAACACAGAUAUUGAAACACAAUCAUCUGGUACACAGACAAAUUCUAGUCAAGUUUUAAACUAUUCUUCAUCUACCACAACACAUGAUUCAAUUCAUACAGACACUUCGGACUUGUUGAUGUGUAGUUUGAAUGAUAAUUAUGAUAGUAAUUUCUUUAAUUGCAAUAUGGAAACUCAAACAGACACAAUAUUCCAGACAGACAUUCUUAAUUUCUGUGAUUUGUACAGUAAUCACAUGUACACACAGACUUGUGACGAUUUUUUAAAUGAUGUGGUGUUCAAUGAUACAGAAACACAGACAACCAUUGAUGAAAUGUUCAGUUCUGUGGAGAGUCAAACCAUGAUGUCGCUUACCAGGCCUGUAAGUUCAGAGGACAAGUAUACUGCGAAUAUGCAUACACAAACCGAUACUGACUUUCAGAUCAGGCUUGAGGAAAUACAUUCCUGACUGUAAAUUCUUCCAAUAUUUGGAUCCAAUGCUUUUAUCUAAUGCACUUGCAUAAAAGUAAUUACAACAAAUAACCUGGUGGAUACUAAAGAUGUAUAAUUAAUAGUGAUGGUGCUCAUAAAUAUUACUCUUUAAUCUAUGUGUAUUUAUAUUUUAUUAAUGUCAAUAAAUUUAUUAUAUUAAAAUGUAUUUAUAUUUGAAAA